AUGUUUGAUGGUCCUGCGGCCGGUAGCCGCCCCAGCAGGGCCAAAGAGUCUGUGGAGCAGACGCCGCCUGGCAAAAACCGCACCGUCGGCUAUCCGGGCCCGGCAUCAGAUGUGCCCGACAAAGAGGUGACCAUCUCCUACGUCCCGCCCAUGGUGCUGCGGUCGCCGAGGAUCCAGACCCGCCGGGCCUUCCUGCGCGCGCUGCGCGGCUUCGCCUGCCGCUGCCGCAGGUGCCUCGGCGCCCGCGCCGGUGCCGGGGCCGGCCUCGAGGGCAGGCAGCGGCUCCGACGGCGCUGCUGGCGGGGCAGCUGGGGG